AUGGUGGAAACAGGAAACGGGCACUGGGAGCUGGGACUGGGAAGUGCCGCUGGGCACCGGGAGCUGGUCCUGGACACUGCGAAUUGGGACUGUACAAUUCCAGCUCAGGGACAGGAAGGUGUCCUGCAGGAGCUGGUGCUCGGAGCAGGGCAGCCCCCAGACCCUGGGAUCAGCGAGGAGCAGCGCCAGGCCCAGGAGGAAUGGGAGGCUCUGGAAGUGAUCCAGUCAGGGUUGGGGGGCACCUCAGGCGCGCCCCUCCCUCCGAUUUCCUUCACUGAGGCGCUGCAGCACUUCCAGAGCGCGGAGCUCUUCGAGAGCCGGGGGAAGGUCCGGACACCAGGGCGCCGGGGGAUCCUGACCGCCCUGCUCCGCUGCCUCCGUGGGCCCCCCCAGCUCCGGCCGCAGCUCCGGGGAGAGCAGGAGCUGGUGCUGGCCAUGGCACAGUGUGCCCUGGAUGACUCGGAGCGGGUGCACAUGCGGAUCCUGCAGACCAUCUACCAGCAGCUGACACGCUCCAGGCUGGGCUGCCCCCGCUACGGAGCACACUGGGAGGAGCUGGGCUUCCAGGGUGCGGAUCCUGGGACUGACCUGCGUGGGACGGGAAUGCUGGGGCUGAUGCAGAUCCUGUUCUUUGUCCUGGAUUCUCGGACUUUGCCACUGGCACGGGAAAUUUUCCAGCUCUCCCAGCAUGAAACCCAGAAUUUUCCCUUCUGCAUCAUGUCCGUGAACAUCACCCGGAUUGUCAUCCAGGCGCUGCAGGAGGAGCGGCUUUCCCGGGAGUGCAACCAGCGGCAGCAGGUGAUCGGGGUGCUGAAUGACCUGUACGCUGCUGCCUUCCUGCAGCUCUCCCGCCUCUGGAGGCAGCAGCAAGGCACCAUUGCCGACGCUGGCUUCUUCCUCAAGGAGCUGGAAUUAUCCACCAAAAAGAAGCCACGGCAGCUGCUGAAAUCCCUGGAAGCCUACCUGAGCUGUGGCCUACAGCCUCCCUCCCCUCUCUCCUCCCAGAUCCACUUCACUGGCCUUUGUGACCCCGGGGCAGAGCUGGAGGGAGAUUCCCGGCUGAUCUGACAAGGGCCGGGACACGGCAUAGGGAGUUCUGCUGGUGGAUCAGCCCUUGGAGGCAGACACACCACUGUUCCCCCUGGUUUGGGGGCUUGGGAAAGGCCGGGAGAGGUCACGGAGCUGGGAUCUUGUGCUUCAGGUGGAAUUCUCUGGAAGCAAAGGAGGAAGAGGUGGUGGAGCAGGAGAUUCCAUGAUUCCAGCCUGCCACUGGGAUAGUCCCUGUCUCCAUCCCAAAUUGAGGGUCCCACCUGGGUCCUUGCCCUCCCCAGCUGGAGCCUGAAGCUGGUGCUGAGUUCCUGGAUCCCAUCCUGGCUCCAGCAGUGCCUGGAAUGGGUGAUCCCCCACUUUGGGCUGUGGCAGAACCCCCAGGGUCACUGUGGGGUGUCAGCACCCAAAACAGUGAUUAAAGGGAGGAGACGAGGGAUCUGGUGGAAAAGAGUUUUGGAUUUGCCACUGGACUCUGUAUCUGGGGAAAGGUGAACUGGGGGUGCCCAGAGUCCACUUUGGGGUGAAAAAGGUGCUGUGGAGGAGAGAAACGAGGGUUGAGAGCCGCAAGGAGGAGGGGAAGGAUUAUUCCCUCCCUCUGGGAGCAGCUCAGGGCCAAUGUUUGGGAAUGUCCCCAGGCCCCUAAAAAUGGGGAAAAGCAGCCCCCAAAGUCCAAAUCUGGAGGAAGAUGAGGGGUUUGGAGGAGAGAAGUGGGAGCUCGGGUGAGAAUGGAGUGUUGUGGCCCUAGUUCCCCUGAGAGGGAGAUGAUUCCUGAGGGGUGGGAA